UGUAAUUUUUCUUUCAAAAAAUCCAAUUCAUCCCUAAAAUUUAUGUACUCCAUACUAAAAUUCAUAAAAUAAAAAUGAAUAGAGCCACCAAUAUAUAUCCAAGGCGGAUCGGACUACAUGAGUAUAUCUAUUGAGCGUUCAAAAUCCUUCCACAUUUUCGCAACCCUAAUAUCUGUUGCUCUCAGGCGCGCUUCUCAACUUCAACCUAACAUGGCUGGAGGGGGUAGCUUCAUCCAUCGAGUUCUCUCCUACGUGAUCAAUGAAGUCGUUGUCAAUGGGCUCGCCAACAGCCCAUCAUUCCAGAGAUUUGCUGUGAGGACAUCCAGAAAGAUCGAGGAGGUUUCUAAGUUAGCUGAACAAAAGAAGAAAGAGAUCAUGGAGCAAAUGAAUGAUGCAUCCAAAAAGUUCUGAGAGAGGGUAAAAAAAGAGUGAAGUUCUUGCAGUAUUUCAAGAAUGAUGUGGUGGGGGUUGGGGGUAGCAUUCUUAUCUCAAGAUAAUAGUCACCAAAAAAAAGACAUGAUUUUAGUGCAGCUACCUUAUUAUAAAGCAUGCUGUGUGUAAAUUUGCUUUACAUACCUGAUUCACCUGUGUUUUCGACUGCAAUUUCUUAUACUUCGAUCUGAUGAUGAUGAAGAUAUCAAUGUUCCCCCCUAUCUAAAUCUGUUUUAGCUUCUAAAUGAUGUUGCAAAACUAAGACAAGAAAAUGAUUUGUGAACCUGGACCAGAUUUGUGCCUUCUUUUGGGCAAAGGACCAGAAUGUGCUUUACAAGCUUUUACAACAGCAUAUAGGGGUUGGCACAAACCCGGUCAGGAAGGCCCAAUUUGUGUGAUCGGGU